AUGUUGCGAAAUGAAAAUAGAAUCAUUGGACUUAUUCUAACUUCAAUAACAUUUACUCUUACAACAUUUGCAAUGAUAAUAUCAUUGACAGUAUUGGUAAUUCUUAUUUAUCAAUGGUAUCGCAAUCGUAUAAAAAAAGAAGAUAAAAUAACAAUAUAUCUUUGUAUUCAUAUCUAUUUAUCUCUAUUAAUAUUAGCAGCAAUUAUACUAUCAAUGAAUAUUCGAACAUUGUUGGGUGAUUUAACUGGACAAUCAUUCGAUUCAUUAUGGUGUAUAUUUUCAGGAUAUCUUGCUUUAAAUCACAUUUCCACAGUAUAUAUGGCAUUUGUAAAUCAAGCACUUUAUCGUUUAGUUCGAAUUAUUUAUCCUCGAUAUCAAUAUUUUCAAAGUUUGAAAUUCUAUACUUUUCUUUUUAUAAUAGAAUAUUUAUGUGGAUUUGGUAUUCACUGUGUUAUUAUAGCUUGGAAUGGAGUUAUAUAUUUAACCAAUGAUCAUUUUUGCUACGCUUCAUUUACAAAUUUACUAGCAGUGGUGUGGGCAGCAUUUUUUGCUUAUUUAUUUCCAUGUUCAUGUCCAAUGAUUAUUUAUAUCCGAAUAACAAGAUUUCUUCGAAGGCAAGCAAAUACUGUAACACUGGUGACUAGACAAAGACAAGAUCGAGAUUUUUUGAUUGUUCGACGAAUUUCAAUUAUACUUGGUUUGUUACUUAUUCUCGGAAUUCCGGCAAUGAUCUUUAUCCUGAGAUUUGCCAUAACAGGUGAUUAUUAUCCAUUGACACUUCGUGUUUCAUGGUUGCCAGUUGCAAUAUCAGUAGCAGGAUUAAGUGUUGCAUCAGCAUAUUGUAUCCCACAAUUGAAAAGUACCAUAAGAAAAGUGUUUCAACAUCGGAUAGCAUUUAUUUCUGGCGUUGUUCCUCUUGACAGAACUGAAAUGUAA